CUUCUACAAUCACUACCCAAACAGAGUUCAGCUGCAAAACUGAACCAGUAAAGAUGGUCGAGUUAGUGGAAAACGAGGUCUUCAUGGCCUUCGCCACCUAUGCUGCCAUCGUCACCCUGAAGAUGAUGCUGAUGGGGCCGCUGACCGUGUAUUUUCGGAUCGCCCGGGGGUCAUUCACCAACGAGGAAGACGUUGCUGGAAAGUCUGAUGCAGAGAAGAAGAAGCUGCUGAGAAGUCAUCAAGAUGUGGAACGAGUUCAAAGGUGUCACCACAAUGACUUGGAGAACAUCAUUCCCUUCUUUUUCAUUGGCCUGCUUUACUCUCUGACUGGACCAGAACUUUCCAUUGCCCUGCUUCACUUCCGCGCGUUCACGGCCUGCCGCAUCUUCCACACGAUCGCCUACAUCGGUGCCCUGCCACAGCCCAGCCGUGGGCUCUCCUACAUCUUUGGCAUGCUGGUCACCAUCUCCAUGGCGUACAGAGUGCUCAGUACCAUCCUAUUCCUGUAGGGGGCGCUCUUGAUAGCACGCCAUCCUUCAGGAAAUAACGCCAUUUUCUAUUUUUCCAGUUUGACAGAACCUUUUGUUGGAUGUGAUGUGCAGGAAUCCUUUUGACAUUAAACUGUGAAUGUGAAUAAAACGUUUAAUAAUA